GAAAAAGCCGCGCACCCGACAUCCUCCGCGGGCAGCGACUUCCUCUUUCGGUUGCUAGGUGACGGCCAAGGCGGCAAGCUCAUCUCGGGUUGAACGGGAAGAAGGGCUUUAGGCCCCGGGGAAGGGGCGCCAGAGAUCACUGAAUCCGGGGCCGCUCUCCAGGCGCAAAAUCCCGAGGGACUGCUGCAGAGGAGUAUUCCUUGGGGUUCACUGUCAGGCAAACGGUGGCCAAAUUCCUGGCUGUGGAGAAAUGUUAAGGUGGUUGGAGCCUGCGUAGUCCAAGGAGCAGCCUGAUGAUGUGCAAGGAGGCAAUUUCAGCACAAACUUUGGGAAGCCUUCGAUCAUCCCAUGAGGAAAGCGUGUAGAGACCACAUCCACAGCCAUCAAAGCUGAACACCUGGGUGUAGAAUAAUGGAUUCCAGUAUGGCUGUUUUCUCCACUCUGGGAAGCCCCUUUUUGGAGCAAUCUUGUUCGCGGAGCCAUUACCACCCUUCCCAGGCACACCCACUGAGGCAGGAGCAGCGAUAUACGGCUCUGAGCCCGUCUCGUUUACGACACAAGAAUUGCCCCACCUCUCCCAAGAAGGCAGAAACGCAGAGUCCUCCAACCCCAGGUUUGCUUCCUGGGUCCAGCUACCAGGAGGUGAAACCCCCAGAGUCCGACUCCACAAGCCCCUUCAAUGAAUCAUGGCCCUCGACUGAGCGCAGUUCUUUCUCUCUGACUCCCGAGGGAGCAAAGGGCCUUCCCUCAGAGCAGAUAACAGGGACCAAGGCACUGGCUUCGCCAAAGCCCCCAGAAUCUAUUUCAGACAACGAUUCAGUUAUUGCCAGGUAUAUGGAGCGAUUUCGUUAUGGGCAGCCCACAAGCCGCAGGGAGCGCUGGGCACCAAAUGGUCACUCUACACAGUUCUGGUGGCUUGGCCACUCAUUUCCCCCUGAAUGCAACAUCUCCAAGAUGGAAACAUCGCCAACUUCAGACAGUAGCCAGAGUGAAGUGAGGCAGUCUCUUUUCAGUCCUGCUCUGGACCAGUCUCCCUCGGGGGACUCACAGGAUUCUUCCACGCUGGACCCUGAGACUGUUAAGCUGCAGGAGAGAGCAGCCAGGCUGUUACACAGAAGCACAUCCCCGUUGAGCAGCUCCAGGCAUGCAAGCUCUACCCCCAUGUCCACCAUCACAAAUGCCGACACAGACAUGACUGGUUGUGCUCCACAUCACCUUGGCCUUGGUGAGCUGCAAGGUAGUCUGAAUGCUUUCCCUUACUAUAUCACUCAAAGAUCUCAGCCAUGUUCUUCUUCAAAACCAGAGGAUGAUAUCCUUUUCCAGUGGCGACUGCGGCGAAAGAUGGAGGAAGCGAGCCAGGCUGUUGCUGUGAUGCCCCCUCUAGCUUGGAGGAGUCCACAUAUCCAGCCAACCCAUGCUUCUAGCCUGGUAGAAAGAGCGGCUCAGAAGCCAUCAGAACCUGCAAGUUGGAAGAGUGAAGGUGGAAGAGUGCAGCCAACAUCGGAAAACCAGCUGCAUGUGAAAUCCACCCCCCGUGAUUAUCAUCCCUGCUGCCCCACAGACUCUGUGAAAAAUGGACCAUGCUCCACGCAGCUCAUAGAAGCCACUCCAUUCAGCAGUGGGAUUGUACUGGAUGGAAGUUCAGAACCAAAGGGAGAGCAAGGAGUGAAGGAAGUAACUCUGCAAGAGGAUCCUAUCCCUGCAUACCAAGACUCCCCUCCCCUACCAAGGCCUGCAGGAACCAGCAAGCUUUUGGGCCAGAGCACUUUGCAUCAGGAUCAACAGGCAGCCCGCCCUGUAGAGAGAGUGCACACUGAGCCCAGAGGGAACCAGAAGGCAUUCAGAACCGAGCAGGGCCAAGCCAAACCAGUCAGAGACUUCCGAGGGCCACCAGUCAGUCGUACAAAAGAUUCUAUUCAACACGUCUUGGGAGAGGUGAUUGCCGAACGACUUUUCUCCCCACCUGAUUCUCCAGGUCCUCAUAGGGACAAACCAAAGAGGAAUUCAAAGAGUCGAAGCCUGGACGAAGCUCGGCCAAGAGCUGUUUCUGCUCCCUCACAUCCCCAGCUCCUGAACAUGGCUGCUCAGCUGCUGGAGCAGGCUGAAGACUCGGAUGGCACAGAGUUUGAGGACGACCCCCUGUUACAGGUGCUAAGGGGCCAGAGGGAGUUGCUGCGCAGCCAGCUGAGAGCUGUGGAUGUCCGCGUAGCUCAGCUUGAAGGCUACCAUUCUGAUCAAGACUUAUCCCAUCGAUGACAGAUGCCUGCACGAUCUUCUCUGCACCUUGAGUGUGGUUGAAGGCUCUCCGAUUCAUAAUUUGGGAUUACAGCAGUGGACUGGGUCCUGUGCUCCUUGCUCAGACACCUCUGGAUGACUUCAGCAACAGGGUUUGGGAGAGGUUCUUAUUUAUGCUAGCACCCUUCUGGUUUUGGCUGCGCUGCCUGUACCCAACAAGCUGGUGUGUUCAUCAAAGUCAACUGGGAGUGCAAAAUGGUGUGUAGGGAUGUGCCUAAAGCAUAAACAGUGCCUUGUUUCCAUGGUUUCAUUGUGUAUUUUUGUGGUGAGAUUAAAAUAAAAAGUGUAUUUUUGGAUCAAAA